AUGGCCAAGAAGGAUAAAAAGCUGAAGGAGGCUAAGAAGGCGAGGGCAGCAGAGAAACAGAAAAAGAGUUUAACCAAGGCUGAACUAAAAAACAAAAAACUCUCCAAGAAGCUUGGCGGGGAUGAAGAUGAGGAAGAUGAGGAUAUAGAUGUUAUUUUAGCCAAUUAUGCUAAAGAACAAGAGGAGUUUAAUGAGAUCAAGGUAGAGGUGUUAAAGACUCAUCCAAGUAAAAGAAUGAAUCCGACAAUGGUUGCUUCUCCCUUGCACAAUAAACGAGAGAUUAUUUUAUUUGGAGGAGAAUCAAAUGAAAAUAAAGUAUUUUGUUUUUAUAACAAUUUGUACACUUAUUCAAUAGAUACUGAUACUUGGAGGAAAAUCACUUCAAAAAAUGCACCUUUGCCCAGGUCUUCUCAUGCAAUGUGCGCACACCCUUCGGGAGUGAUCUUGAUGUUUGGUGGUGAAUUUUCAUCACCCAAACAACUGACAUUUUAUCAUUAUGGUGAUACUUGGAUUCUCGAUGCAGAAACCAAGGAAUGGCAAAAAGUGGACCAGAAAAAAGGGCCGCUGGCAAGAUCUGGCCAUCGGCUAUCUACGUGGAAGAAUUUCAUUAUUUUGCAUGGUGGUUUCCGAGAUUUAGGUACACUGACAACUUAUUUGAAUGAUGUAUGGAUAUUUGAUGUGACCGAGUAUAAAUGGCAGCAAGUUGAGUUCCCUCCUAACCAUACAAUACCUGAUGCUCGCUCGGGCCACUCGCUCAUUGCCCAUGCAGAAGGCGCUGUAUUGUAUGGUGGGUAUACUAAAGUUAAAUCUAAGAAAAAUUUGCAAAAGGGGAAAGUUUUAAACGAUUGUUGGCUAUUGAAAAUGAAAUCGGACCCAAAGGGUAUUAGAUUUGAGAGAAGGAGAAAACAAGGAAUGUUGCCACUGCCUCGUGUGGGGUGUUCGUUGGUGUAUCACAAGAAUCGAGGAAUCCUUUUUGGAGGCGUCUAUGAUUUUGAAGAAAGUGAAGAACAAUUAGAAUCAGAGUUUUAUAAUCAGUUGUAUUCUUACCACAUUGAUAGUAAUAGGUGGUAUAACUUGGGAUUGAGACCACAAAGGAAAAAGAAAGAAGUAAUAAAAGAGAAAACUAGAGAUGAAGAUUUAGAAGAUAUUUUAAACUCUAUUUUGGCCAAGGCCAACUUGAAUGAUGAUGAAAAUGAAGAGAACGAAAAUGAAAAUGAUCUAAAGAAACUGUUUGAAGAAGAAAAGGAGGAGGAUGAUAAAAGUGAUACAAAAGUGUACCCAUAUAUGAAUCAGUUGCCUCAUCCAAGGUUCAAUGCAACUACUUGUGUCGUGGAUGAUGUCUUAUAUAUAUUUGGUGGUAUCUAUGAAAAAGGGGAUCGUGAAUUUAACUUGGAUUCAUUUUACGCUAUUAAUUUGGGUACAUUGGAUGGGGUGAAGGUGUUAUGGGAGGAUUUGUCUGAAUUGGAUGAAGAAGCAAGUAAUUCUGAUGAUGACGAAUAUGAAGAUGAAGAUGAGGAAGAGGAUGAUGUAGAAGGGGAGCAGGUAGAAGAGGACGAGGAUGAGGAGGAAAUAGAGGAAGAGCAGCAACAAGAAGAAGAAGAAGAAGAAGAAGAAGAAGAAGAAGAAGAAUUUCCUGAUCCAAGAUCCUGGUUACCCCAUCCUAAACCGUUUGAAUCCUUACGUGCUUUUUAUGUUCGUACUGGUGCUCAGUUCUUGGAAUGGUCCAUUUCCAGUAAUAGACAAGCUCGUGGUAAGAAUUUGAAAAAAAUUGCAUUUGAUUUAUGUGAAGAUAGAUUUUGGGAAAGAAGAGAAGCUGUCUCUGUUGCAGAAGACAAUUUAGAAGAGAUGGGCGGGGUUGGUGAAGUUAUAGAAAAGGAUACUACAAAGAUUUCCAAGAGGAGGUAG